AUGGGGAAACACGGCUUCCAGUGGAAGAAGACCGGCGGCUUCGACUACGACGAGCACAAAAACAAGCUCGACCGAGUCGCCUUGCCCGAGAAGAUACUGUGCAAGUUCUGCGGCAAGAUCUGCAACGCAAACAAGUUCUCCAAGCGUCAGCUCGAUGAACUUCGCAAGGCGAUGGCGUACAAUACAGGCGUCACUGGUAUUUCUCGGCCAGGCUAUGCAGGCUGUCGUUCCUGCGUCAGUCAUCAGACCGUGGAGCUCACUUGUAGCAUCUGCGAUAAGACGAAGUCGUUGGAGUUCUUCAGCAAAAACCAGCGUAGCUCCCCAGAUACCGCGCGAUGCAAGAACUGCAUUCAAGACCACCUUGACGCGGAGCCGAUUGCCGAAGUCAUCAAAGAGUUAGAUGAUGGAGAGACCACCUUCGAAUCCACCACCGCGUAUCAGAGCGAAUUGAACGAUCAGACCCUCUCGUCGUUUCAUACCCUCUCUGUGAAUGAAGGUGCUCGUGUUCGCAACCUCAUGGACGGAGACGACACGGCCUCCAGAGCCCGCACCCAGACUACUCGCAUUGAUCAGGAAGAUGCACUGUCUAUGGGAGGCGUGUGGAUUGAACAAGGCCGCCAGCAUCCUCCUCCCAGCGUUGAUCCUAGUGGCGAGGAAGGUAUAGAAUACGUCGCCUAUGAUAAUCAGGGUAUCCCACACGCACGUACUGCUGUUCCUAUCACCCAGUCUGUUGGGGAGCAGUCUGAAUCGACUAGCUGGAACAUUGCCUCUAGACGGCGUGGUCCUCCCGCGACGAAGAGAAACUCCAACUUCGCAAAGAUCACAGGCGGUCGCAUUCCUAAGAACGAAGGUCCUACACAGCGUGUUCCUGAACCCACUGGCCCAACGAUUGAGUCUGAGGAUGAUUCUGAUGACGACGCCGGUGUUGAGUCAUGGAUCUGA